AUUGGCCGCCACCUCGGCAGGAGGGGCGGCCCGGGCUCCGGGCACCUGGCUUCGCCCCUCCGCAGGGAAAUCGGAGGCUGCUGGGCACUGGCGCCGGGAGGUGAAGGCAUCCGGAGGGAAGGCCCGGGGUCGCUGUCGAGCUCCCAGAGGCCAGCCCCGUUGUGCCAGGCGCCCCGGAGCGGGCGACGCUCGGAUGCCCCUGCUCCGGCUUUGCCAGCCGGAAACUUUGCCCGGAGAAGUCCCCCACCCUCCUGACCGCGCAGAGAGGCGCCUGGUGGGCCGCGCGCCCCCGGGACCCCGCAGCCCCGUGCGUGAUUGCGGGGGCCCCCAGGCGCCCCGCGCUCGCCGCGCCCCGCAGUGCGCGAGCGGCCGCCAGGAUGCGCUACGCCGACCCCUCGGCGAACCGGGAUUUGUUGGGGAACCGAACUUUGCUCUUCAUCUUCAUCUGUGCCUUUGCCUUGGUGACCUUGCUGCAACAGAUCUUGUACGGCAGGAACUACAUCAAGAGGUACUUUGAAUUUUACGAGGGCCCUUUUGAGUAUAACUCCACGAGAUGCCUGGAGCUGAGGCACGAGAUCUUGGAAGUGAAGGUGCUCUCCAUGGUGAAGCAGUCGGAGCUGUUCGACAGGUGGAAGAGCCUCCAGAUGUGCAAAUGGGCGAUGAACAUCUCUGAAGCCAACCAGUUCAAGUCCACUCUGUCCAGGUGCUGCAACGCCCCCUCCUUCCUCUUCACCACCCAGAAGAACACGCCCCUGGGGACAAAGCUCAAGUACGAGGUGGACACCAGCGGCAUCUACCACAUCAACCAGGAGAUCUUCCGCAUGUUUCCCAAGGACAUGCCUUACUACCGGUCCCAAUUUAAGAAGUGUGCCGUGGUGGGCAACGGGGGCAUCCUGAAGAACAGCCGCUGUGGGAGGGAAAUCAACAGCGCCGACUUUGUCUUCCGGUGCAACUUACCCCCCAUCUCGGAAAAGUACACCAUGGAUGUAGGGGUGAAGACCGAUGUGGUCACCGUGAACCCUAGCAUCAUCACAGAGAGGUUCCACAAGCUGGAGAAGUGGCGGCGGCCCUUCUACCGGGUGCUGCAGGUGUACGAGAACGCGUCCGUGCUGCUGCCCGCCUUCUACAACACGCGCAACACCGACGUGUCCAUCCGCGUCAAGUACGUGCUGGACGACUUCGAGUCGCCGCAGGCCGUGUACUACUUCCACCCGCAGUACCUGGUCAACGUGUCGCGCUACUGGCUCAGCCUCGGGGUGCGCGCCAAGCGCAUCAGCACCGGCCUCAUCCUGGCCACGGCGGCGCUCGAACUGUGCGAGGAGGUGCACCUGUUCGGCUUCUGGGCCUUCCCCAUGAACCCCUCGGGCCUCUACAUCACCCACCACUACUACGACAACGUCAAGCCCCGCCCGGGCUUCCACGCCAUGCCCUCCGAGAUCUUCAAUUUCCUGCACCUGCACAGCCGCGGCGUCCUGCGCGUGCACACGGGCACCUGCCACUGCUGCUGAGGGUGGCGCGCGCGGCCGCGCUGCCCCCGGCCCGGCCCGGCACGCUGAACCUCGCUGCUCCCCGCUCGCCUGCAGGGCAGGGCGAGGGCCUGGCGCUGAGGCUGGCCCUCCCUCGGACGCUCAGCUUCGGGCUUGGGUCCUGUGGGCUGGGAGUCAGGGAUGGGGGCGGGGCAGAGUCAGCUCCGUGCUAACCAACCCUACCUGCCCACGGGUAGCGAACGGCUGGGCCACAUCGCAAGAUCGGGGCCCUGGGGACUGCAAGUGAAUCAAGCACAUUUCCACUCAGUCUUAGCAUCCGAGAGAGCACAGGCUGUAUGGCCUCUUUGCAGCUAAAGGAAGGCCCUACCGGAAACGGAAAAGAGGGAGACAGGACGUGUGAGCAUGGUUAAGAUUUAACUCAGACUUUUGGGUUCCUGAGUCUUAUACCCAGGCCUCAGCCAUGAAUUGUUGUAUAGAACCUCAGCGUAGAGGCCAGCCCAGCGGCCAGAGCUCCCUGUGAAAACAGUGGCUCAGGGAGGUCCAGGGAUUAUCAACCAAGGUUCCACCAACCAACCGAGUCUAUUAAGUGGCUCUGUGAGAUCUGAUGCAAGUCCUGUGUGUUAGGAUCUUCGCUGAGACACCAUCAGCCAAGGAGAGCCACACCCUUCAAAUACAUCCUCAGGCUCACACAAGUCUUGGUGCCUCCAGGUUCAAUCCUGCAUUUGAUCUUUUGAUGAGAAAGAAAUAAACCAGACCAGCCAUUUGC